AUGGCCGACCAGUGUGACGAGAUCGACUGCUGCCCGCUCUGCAUGGAAGAGCUGGACCUGACGGACCAGACGUUCAACGCGUGUCCGUGCGGGUAUCAGGUGUGUCUCUGGUGCUGGCAUCAGAUCAAGAACGAGUACAAUGGACUGUGUCCCGCCUGUCGGCAGCCCUACGCAGAGCUGUCGAAGCAAAAGAAUCCGUUGGACCGGGAAGAAGUUGUACGACGUACAAAGCAGCGCAAGCAGAAGGAGAAGAACGAGCGGCGAUCGGCAGCACAGACGAAGCAGUCGAGUGGAAACCGCAAGAGUCUACAGAACGUGCGCGUGAUGCAGCGCAACUUGGUAUAUGUCAUUGGACUGCCCGUGCCUUUCGCGGAAGAAGAUGUGCUGCGCUCGAACGAGUGCUUUGGCCAGUACGGAAAAAUUGUUAAGGCUGUUGUGAACAAGUCGCAUUUGAGCGCAGACAGAGCGAAUGCUACGGCCAGCGCCUACAUUACAUUUGCUAACAAGGAGGAUGCACUGAGCUGCAUUGUGGCAAUCGACGGGUACUACCUGGAUGGAAGCAUGUUGCGGGCUUCUUUUGGAACAACCAAGUAUUGCAACUUUUUCUUGCGAAAUAUGCAGUGCAACAAUCCAGACUGCUUGUACCUGCACGAGCUGGGCGAGGACGAUGAUAGCUUUACAAAAGAGGAGAUGCAAACUGCUUUACAUUCUGGAAAAGCAGCAUUCCGAGAUACGUCAACGUCAAAUGGAGUGGCAGAGGAGCGGGCAGGCUCACGGUUUCCUGCACCGCAUAGACCUUGUGCGUCAUCAUCAUCAUCCAGGAUAGGAACGAAUGCUAGGGCAAGAUCUUCGAGUCCAGCAAGAGCAAGUACGUUAGCCAGAUUACACAACGAAGAUGUCUACGGAGACACGCAGCGACACGCACAGAGCGCAGCAGCGAUAUCAAAACUUAGACAGGCGACAGGCGAUUUUGACAAUAGCUCAGGGCCUUCGUCGGCAGAUCACAGCCGCAGAGCGGCAUCACACAGCACAACAGCAACACACAACAUAAAGUGUCCGUCUUCGGCACGAGAAAAUUCGUACAGCAAGAUAGUUGCUGGAGGACAAAGCAGCAGGCACACCGAUAUGGCAGCAACAGGCCCGCUCGAUCCUGAACCAAACAAAAAACCGGAGUUAUGGGUCGACAUUUCGCGGGAAGAAGACACAACUUGCGCGGCGGACGCUGUGGUAAGCCCACUGGAGGCGCUGAAAUUGGCGGCAGGGUCAUCAACUGAACAGCCGGUGUGGGCACAACCGUUUCCGACUCCAUCAGCAUCCCAGAAUGAGAGUGAGUGGCAUACUGCCACCAGCAGUAGCACCUCGGCAGGUGUUUAUAGCCCCUUUGGGCUUGGGUUCGAAGGUGGCAUUCAUCGUCCUGGUAGCGCCAGAGGGCUUGUGACGAAAGCGCCAGCACCCAGCGACGUAUGGGGAUCUUCGAGCACGAUGGACAACACCCUCAGCUCGUUCUCGCCUGCGGUUUCGUCGAUGACAGCGUCUACAAACUCAUCAUCGUCAUUUGCAUCGAUCGAUGCGAUUUUCAGCCACCGAAACGAUUCAUCGGAGGCACUUGCAGGGCUCCUCGGUGUCCAGUUAGCGCCCGACUCGCUGGCGCAUGGUACACCGUUGGCACCUUCGCCUGACGACGGACAUGCCUCGCGUUUUUCCUUCGCAAACCCUGCUGAUGUCGGUCGUGGUGACGUGAAGCAGGCUCCGGUCCGCUACGAGUUGCUGGAUGGAACGACGAUCAACAACCAUAGAUCGGUUGGCGGAAUUGGUGUUUCUCAUACCGCGAGUGGUUCAUUGGUAUCUGCUGGUUAUUCUUCGAUGACGGACCAGUCCGGCUUUCCACCAUUCCAAGGCUAUCAACAACAGCUGCACCACACGCCACCACCACCGCAUCCAUCAAGGGCGUUGUCGGGUGAUGACAUGGGGUGCAGCAGUGAGCUGCCACUUGGCGGUAAUCGUGCAUUGGGUGGGGAUUCCAGUGGACUCGCGUUUCUCCAACAGAUGCUGCCAAAUGUGAACAUCAGUUUUGGAGGUGACUAUUCUAGUCUGUCGGGCCCAAUCGUGGUCGAUUCAGCGAGUUCUCCUGCUCGCAGCUCCAGCGCAGGCCGAGCAGGUUCAGGGCGUCGGUUGUUCGCGCGCAGCCAGGGUGCUGGCAAUAAUCUCGUUUCGCCAGGUUUGUGGGAGGGUGGAAAUCUCAGCUCUCUCGGCUUUGAUGGACAACCUAGUUCUCGGCAGGCGACGAGUGGGUCGCCAUUUUGCGAUCCGGCCCUGGUGCCGCAGCCAUCUAGUGAGCUUCCAAGCGGCUUCUACGGCUUUAACUCCUCGAACUCCAACGCCAGCGAAAGCGAGUGCCACCUCAUGCAUGGUGACUUCAGCAACGAUGCAUAUCGUCGCUCGAGCUCGCUUAUCGACAACAGUUAG